AAACCACAGUUGUAAAAAACCUCUUUCCGUCCCCCGCCCUCCUGCCUGGGGGCAUUUUAUGGAGGGAGAGCGCACCCCUAAUUCUCGUUAAUAGAUUUUAUGGGCGUGAAAUUCUUAACUGGGUUAACGAAAACCCUAUCUAUAAAUAAGUAAUUUCAGAGAUAUGACUAGACCCUUUUGGUUUCAGUGCGAUUUUCUCUAAGAUAAACGUAGAUCGGAUGAUAGCCAGUAUUAAGGUAUCAGACUUCAAUUCUGCCUGCACUUCUUUCAAAUCUGCUUCAAAUCAGGACUCUCAAAACACAAAUAUUCCACGGGAAGAAAGCUCUCAGUUACCUGCUACCAGCCAAGGAUAUGUUCUGCCUGAAGGGAAAAUCAUGCCAAAUACCAUUUUUGUGGGUGGAAUAGAUAUAAGGAUGGAUGAGACAGAAAUUCAGGGCUUUUUUACACGAUAUGGCACAGUUAAAGAAGUGAAAAUAAUCACUGACAGAACUGGUGUAUCUAAAGGAUAUGGAUUUGUAUCAUUUUUGGACAACGUAGAUGUACAGAAAAUAGUAGAAUCACAAAUAAACUUUCAUGGGAAGAAGCUCAAAUUGGGACCUGCAAUAAGGAAACACCCAAACUUAUGUGCCUAUCAUGUGCCACCCAGGCCAAUGCUUAUUAAUUCCCCUACACCUCAGUUCCAUAGUGUUUGGAGUAACCAGGAAACAUAUAUGCAGUCUCCAGCUGUGAUGAGUCCUGUCACACAAUAUGUUCAGGCCUAUCCUUAUGGUUCUCCAGCUUUAUUAAUUCAGCAACAAGUUCCUGUAGGAUACCAGCCAACUUAUAAUUACCAGAUUCCACCACAGUGGCCUCCUGGAGAACCAAGAAAUUACAUCGUGCCAGCAUACACUACAGUGAAUUAUGGUAGUGAAAUGGAUGUUGGAACUGACCAAGCAGAGUGUUCUAUGACUGACACUGCACAGUCAUGUGCAAACAGUCCACAAAAGAAAUCUGUGGAUCGCAGCAUACAGACAGUAGUAUCGUGUCUAUGUAAUCCAGAUAAUCGGUUGAGGAACAAUAUUGUAACUCAAGAGGACUAUCUUAAGGAGAAGAGAGCACAUCAUUUUAGAAGAAGCAGAGCUGUUCUUAAAACUGUUUGACUCAACAAUAGAUAUAGAAAACCUGAAAUAUUCAUGUUUGUCAUUUGUAAAGGUAGAAAAACGUGCAGUUUAAUAUUGGUGACAAAACAUGGGCUACAAUUAUGUGGCCCUACUGGCAAAAGUUAUUUGAAGUUGGAGUUCAUUUGAAGUUUGUAUGUGAUAUGUUUCUCUAUGUUUGAAUUUGUUAUUUAUUUCUAGACAUAUUUGUAUAAUUUAUCUAGUCUAGAUUUUUCUGCAUUAUAAUUCCUAACCAGAAAAUUUAAUGUUUAACAGUUGGAAUUCUUGAAAGUUUCUGAAUAUUGGGUUGUGCUUUUAAGCUUUAAAAUACAUUUUACUGCAUGUUGAUACUUGUUUCUAACAUUUUAACUUUCUCCCAGCUCACACUUAAAAUAGGAGAAUCUUUUUUUGCAAGAGGUAUUUUUAAAACUGUACUUGAAUCAGGUGAUUAAACAGACAUCCAGUUGCAUAUCAAUUACUGCCACAAAUACAUACUCAGUACAGUACAGUAUUGCCUUACAUGUCCAAUCAGUGGGGACUUCAUUCACUAGCUGUGUGUGCUGCUUAAUUAUCAGUUCUGAAACUGAUAGGAAUAAAAGUGUACUCACGGAUGUAAUUAAUAGUAUUAACUAUACUUCAUGAGUUACACUUUUUUAUACUAGGCCAUCCUGGCUAAAAUAUCAUAAAAUUGUGGAAAGAACGAGUACUAUAUGAUCUUGUGCUUUUUAAAACUAGUCACCAGCUUUAAAUCAAAGAAUUUGUAAAACUGUUUAAUUAUGUAGACUUUAGUUUUAUAUCAGUAAAUUUCCACAAUAAACUCUUUUGAGGAGGAUUCCUUUUGUCACUGUGGUUUAGCCAGGGAGACUUAUAACAUAUUUUUAAACAGUUGACCUAAAUAUUAACAUUGCUUGUUUUGAUCUCACAUAACGUAAUUAGAAUGAGACUUAAACAUUGAGAAAGUAGUUUUGUUAUAAACAUUCAAAUAGCCUUAAAUUGAAUUUAUGUCUACAAAGAAAAGUAUUAAGAUUGCAUUUAUGUACCUUUUGGUAAAAUCAUACUAGUUUUGCAUGGUUACGUUUGAACAUUUAGUGUUGCCAAGUGUAGUGUGUCUUUUACUCUCCCUCAAUUUCAAGAGGGAAAUCUAUAAAUCUAUAGAUAAAAUAGAUAAAAGCACAAAUGUAUCCCUUAACUUUUAGGAGAUGGGACAAAUAAAACUCAAGCAUUUCUAUUUA